UCGACCCCGCGUUCGUCAUCAGCCCCGCCCCGAGCUUCCCACGGCACCCGCAGUCACCUUGACAGAAUACCUACCUCCCCUGCCGACUUCCCCCGGCUGUUUGUGUUUGCUCCUUCGCAAAACAUUUCAGACUUCUCAGUAUAUCUCAACCGAGGCUAAUUGAGUCGAAAAUCCGCCAUGGCUCCCCCAGGAAUGCUCUACGUUACUAUGCAGCCGAAGCCUGAACUGGCUAUCGAGCAAUUCCACGAGUGGUACAACAACGAGCACGGCCCAACCCGCCUGCGUCUCCCCCAAAUCUUCACCAACGGCCUGCGCUACCGCGCCAACGACGGCAAGGAGCCGACGUACCUGGCCUCCUACGAUGUGACGGACAUGUCCCACCUAGAAACACCCACGUACACCACACUACGCGCAAACAGAUCUGCCCGUGAGGCCGAAACCAUUGGCCAGGUGGCCGUCACCAGAUACUUCUUCGACUUGGUCAUUGAGCAAAAGGCCCCUCUAUUCAUCCCCAUUGAGCAGCUUUCUGACGAGGAAGCCGAGGGCAUCGAGCUCGUCGCCAUUGAGACCACUCUUAAGGACGAGUCCGACGAGGCCGAGUUCAAGAAGUGGUACGACGAGGAACACAUCCCAAUGCUGUCCAAGGUUCCGGGCUGGCUGAGGACCCGUCUCCUCAAGAUAUCCUCCAUUGGCGACGGCGUCGGCAGCAAGACUACCUUCUUCGUACUCCACGACUACGCCCGUACAAAUGGCUUGGGUGGUCCUGAACACAAGGCCUCCACGGCCACGCCUUGGGCGGCAGAGAUGGUGAAGAAGGUCGCGGGCAUGAACCGCCGCACUUACUCUCUCUUUUACGUCUUUGGUCCCGCAUCUCGCGACCUGGAGAAUCUGGCGAAGCUGCCGGCCUCGGCCUCCACUUUCACGGCUCCGGAUGGCAAGACUACGACUGUCCCCGGAAAGGACGAGGCGAUCGACUCCUACAUCACGGCCGAGGACCAACUUUCGAUCCCUUACAAGCUGGAAGGCAACACCUCGCCAAAGGCACCUACCGUAGCAUUCUGCAAUUCUUUGUUGACGUCUCUGCACAUGUGGGACCCAGUCGUCAAGAUCUUGAAGGAACAGCGCCCCGACUUGCGCAUUCUGCGGUACGACACACGAGGUCGACACGCGAUCCCGGCCCCGCCUGUGCCGGCAACGCUGGACUUGCUUGCCUCUGACCUGCGCACCGUUCUUGACGCACUUCGCAUCCCCAAGCUGCACGCCCUUAUCGGAGUGUCGAUGGGAGGCGCAACAACAACCAACUUUGCGCUCAAGUAUCCCAACAGGCUGAAGAAGUUCAUUGCCUGCGAUUUCAACUCGACCUCAAGUGCCGCCAACACCCAGGCCUGGAAAGAUCGCAUCGCGGUUGCGGAGGAGAACAGCGGAGCCGGAAUCGCAAAGCUGGCCGAGCAAACGGUAGGUCGUUGGUUCCAUCCAGCCACGAUGGAGAAGGAGAGCGUCGUGAAAGGCAUGACGGAAAUGGUGGCAACCAACAACGUAGAAGGCUUCAGAUACAGCUGCCAAGCGUUGUGGGAUUAUGAUUUGAGGCCAGCGCUUGGAUCCUGCCAAGCUCCCGGCUUGCUGGUUGUGGGUGAUGGUGACGGCAAAGGUGCGCUGGUGAAGGCAAUGGAGGGCUUCAAGGGUUCAUUGGGCGACCACGGCGCCGAGUUGAAGAUUGUGCCAAACGCCGGCCAUCUUCCCAUGUGGGAGAGCCCUGCCGCGUUCUGGGAAGCCAUCCAGGCGUUUUUGUAAAACAGUUUCCUUAAAGAGAGUUUUCUCAUCG